GCAACCAGGACCUUUGGCUCCCUUGGCUGUGUUUUUAACAGGCUUUUUCUCUCUCUUCUUCCGUUGGCAAGGAAAACCUCUCUAAUCGCUUCCCUGUUUGUAUCCCCGAAGAAAUCACAUUGCCUUCUUGCCAAUUGCAGGUUUUCACCGUUGAAGCUAUAGUAGCAGAGGAAAAGGCUACUGAUUCAUGGAGAAGGCGCUAAAUUAAAUUCUCAAGCCAUAGAUCUGAUCUUCUUGAGGGAACUGUGAAGACCGGGAUUGCGAAUCUGCUGCUGCUGCCCUAAAAAAAACAGUGUGGUUCUCUUCCCUUCUCUUAUUUCGAUUCUAUUGCCUGACGUUUCCCCAAAGAUGGCCAUCCCAGAUGCUUAUCUUCGGAAAGAUUGGCAGAUGAUCCAUGGCGUCCCUAUGGUUUACGCGUUCUCCUUAGACUGGGACAGAAUUGAUAAUUUCCAGAGCAGGCCUGAUGAUAUUGUGAUAGCUACGUACCCAAAAUCUGGCACUACAUGGGUGAGUGAAAUUGUGGACAUGAUCCUGAAUGAUGGUGACGUUGACAAAUGCAAACGGGAUGCGAUUUUCAAUAAAGUCCCCAUGUUGGAAUUUGCUGCCCCAGGGAAGAUGCAAGCAGGCACAGAACAAUUAGCUCAGAUGGCGUCUCCUCGAGUGGUGAAGACCCACCUCCCAGUUAACCUCCUUCCCAAGUCCUUCUGGGAAAAGGACUGCAAGAUGAUCUAUGUAGCUCGCAAUGCAAAGGAUGUCGCUGUCUCUUUCUACCACUUUGACUUGAUGAAUAAGCUGCACCCAGACCCUGGAACCUGGGAUGCCUAUCUGAAGAAAUUCAUGGCAGGAAGAAUUGCUUUUGGCUCCUGGUACGAACAUGUGAAAAGCUGGUGGAAUAAGAAGAAAGACCACCCCAUGCUAUACCUGUUUUAUGAGGACAUGAAAGAGGAUCCAAAAUGUGAGAUUAAGAAACUCAUUCAUUUCUUGGGGAAGGACCUGGAAGAAUCAGUUGUGGAUAAGGUUGUCUACAACACAUCCUUUGAAAUGAUGAAGGGUAAUCUUACUGCAAACUACAGGAUGGUUCCAACUGCUGUGAUGGAUCAAAGUAUCUCCCCGUUCAUGCGCAAGGGCGUUGCUGGGGACUGGAAGAAUCACUUCACUGUUGCUCAGAAUGAGACGUUUGAUGAAGAUUAUAAGAGGAAAAUGGCGGACACGACAUUGCAAUUCCGAACACAGCUCUAAAGCUCCCCGUAGUACAACACAGCUGAACCUAUCAUAUAGUGAACCUAUCAUAUAGUAGAGAUUUUAAACUCUUGAGAGUCUGUUUUUCAUUAGAGAGAAAAAGCAAUUUUCUGACCUGGAUGGUUGCAGGAUACAUAUUUGAAAAAUGCACACAUACUGGGCAGUAUCCAACGGGGAUGGAGGCAUAUGCCUCCACUGAUUCUUUUUCACCUGUCAUUUCUAUUGCACAAGUGGUGGAUCCUCUCAUCGUGUCGUGCGAGUGGGACCAAUUGCUUAUGCAAGGAAGAUUUAGCAGUUCCUUGGGGAAGCCCUGAAAUGAGCUGUAUUGCUUAUUUCUGGAAUGAAGCAGGUCGGUGGCACUCCCUUACUCAAGCUUCACUAACCCGCCUCCUUCCAGAAACGAGCAUUCUUGCUCGUUUCAGAUUGCCCUAUAAAUGCAAACUUGCAUUGUGCAAGCAGUCGCGGCUGCUGGCACAACAGAAUUAGCGGGGGGGAGAAGUGCCCCAUUGAAUUCUGCCUGGUAUUUGACAGGCCAGAUCUUUUAUGACCUGUGUGGACUACACAGACUGUGAUUAUGUCCCUGUGUUGAUAGCCUUCUCCUGUCCCUCAUUUCUCCAUACUUCCCUUUCUGCAACUUUUGAGUGGACAAUUGGCAGGAGGAGGCAGGUUUAAGAAGUCUCUCCCCUCCAGCACUUUCCACUCUCCUUUCCAGUCUCAGGCUACUU